GGUUGGUAUUGACAAUGACAACUUCUGUCUCCAUCUAGUGGUGAAACAUAUGUACUUCCGUAACGGGAAGUGACGUAAUGACAACAGUAACGUGCAGCGCUCUCUGAGAAGAUCACUGGAAAGACUUGCUAAGUGAUGGCAGCCUCAUUACCGCAAAAGCCAGGGAUGGCAGGGAUGCCCCCUCAGCAGCAGCCCCACCUGCCCCCCCCUGCUGCCUCAGCCGCAGGGCAACAGCCCAUGCCUCCCCAGGGAGCCCUGAGGGAGAUCUCCCCUGUGUUCCUCUGUAGGAUCGGACAGGAGACUGUCCAGGACAUUGUCACUCGCACCAUGGAGAUUUUCCAGAUCACACGAGCGACGCAGCUUCCUAACGGUGUGACCCAGAGCCAGGCGAUGUACCAGGACCGCUUUGGGAAGCUGCAGGAACACCUCCGGCAGCUCGCCCUGCUCUUCAGAAAGCUGCGGCUCCUGUACGAACGCUGUGUGGAGAUGACCUCUGACCUGCAGGAAGGACCAGCAGAGAUUCUGCCAUAUGUUGGAGAGGAGCUCCUUUCUGUCAAAGUGGAGCCCUGCACUGCUGUCAACCAGGAAAGGAAAGAAGUUCUGGAGAAGGUACGCCAGAAGAACCAGGAGAUGAAGGUGCUGAUGGAUCAGAUGAGGAACCUGCUGUGGGACGUCAAUGCCAUGCUGACGCACAGGAAAUGAUACAUUCACUCUCUCGUGAAGAGAAGCUUUCCUCUGGAGACCUAUGGACCCCAUAACGGCGAAGAGCAGGGGAACAUUUAGGCGGAUUUGGAAUACAGGACCUUAGCGUUGGCACUUCAUCACUGAAACACUCACAGUUUCGACCAAGAGCUUCUGCUGGUAAUAGUGAAUUAUAUUUAAGCUGUUAGGGGGGGAAUAUGAUUUAGAUAGGAUUAAUGAGAGCACAAAGGGAUACGCUUUUUUUUGGGUCUACUCAACAUUCUCUUUUUACAAGGCAGCUGCCAGGUUUAGGUUUGCCAAGUACUGUUUCAAAUGGACUAAUGUUUUCAUACUAUUUAAGACAUCAUUUGAAACCUGCAUUGUCUCAGGUAACAACACUGUCUUCAUAGUGUGUGUCCCCCGGGUGCUGACAGAGCGGCAGACAGACUUGAAUUCACUGCUGGUGAUUCUUCCAGAGAGUGCCGGAGCCGAUCUGAUGACUGUGUUUACAAAAGGAACAAUUUCCCCUUAUUAUGCUCUGUCAGUUGUAGAAACACAGUGAGUUCAGAAUUUAAAUUAGCCUCUUGGCAGCUAUGUAUCUCAGGUGCUUUGUACAUAAGUGAGUGUGUGUGUGUGUGUGUGCAUGUGCUUAAUGAGAUUAGCUUCCUGAGUGCUACACACCUGUUUACCCUGAGGGUGUGCAGACUUGCUUGUGAAUUUAUUUUUGUAAACUGGGAUAAAGGUAGGCCUAAAGGGGUGAUCUGUGUUUUCUAUGAAAUAAACUUUUUUUUUAAACAUA